AAAGAAAGCAAAGAGACAUAAUGAAUAAUGGAAUAAUCAUCUAAGAGUAGUGGGGAUGAAAAAAAAAUAAAGAGACAUAAUUAAUCACGGAGUAAUCAUUUAAAUAUAGUGAGAAUGAAAAAGAAAACAAAAAGACAUAAUUAUCAAAUAAAUGAAUUUGAUAAUUAUAUUUAAAGAGUACGCCAAACUCAUUCUUACAUUCAACAAUUAUAAUAUAUAUGUUGAAAAAUUUAUUAAUUGCAUAAUUGAAACCACAUCGAACUCGGAUCCUACUGGCCCUCUAGCUGCAGAUUUUUUUCUCUCCAACAAUAGCAGCAGAAGUUAAAGUCGGCCUCUCGUUCUCCUUAUUAUUGCUACUCCUGAGGAAAUACCUUGAAGAACUCGAACCAGUUGCAGCGGAACGGUGAAUAAUACUCCUGGCCGACAUUGGAGUGCAAGGAACAUCAAGUUUUCUCUUUUAUGGUACUACAACUUGUAUUAUGGAAAGGCGGGGAAGUCUAUUCUUCAAAGAUUAUGGAUUCGUUCUCUGUGCACAACAAGUGUUUGAUAAAAUGUAUUUGCUAUUUGAGUAGUCUACAUGGCAUCUUGUGUGGAAGAAAUAGUGCCAGAAAGUAUUGCAUAUAUGAAGUUAGCAUUGGACCAAGCAAAGCUGGCCUUGGACAGUCUUGAAGUGCCUGUUGGGUGUGUUAUUGUGGAAGAAGGGAAGAUUAUUGCACAUGGAAGAAAUCGAACCAAUGAGACUAGAAAUGCUACUAGGCACGCUGAGAUGGAAGCUAUUGAUGUCUUAUUAGAGCAGUGGCAGAAACUUGGACUUUCAAAAGCUGAUGUUGCGAAGAAAUUUUCAAAUUGCACUCUCUAUGUCACUUGUGAGCCGUGUAUAAUGUGUGCGGGAUCCUUGUCGAUUCUUGGUAUAAAACAGAUAUAUUUUGGUUGUGCAAACGAUAGAUUUGGAGGAUGUGGAUCAAUAUUGUCUUUGCAUUCGUCGAUUGGAGAUCAGACAAAGUGUUUCAAGUGCGAAGGAGGAAUAAUGACCACAGAGGCGAUAUCUUUGCUGAGAACCUUUUAUGAGCAAGGAAAUCCCAAUGCUCCAAAGCCUCAUAGGCCCUUGAAUCAAUGAGUUAAAUCCUCUCAAAUGGAGAAGAAAUACCGGAAGAACGAACCACAAUGGAGAGACUAUGAUCUCCAUUCAUAAUCUCUUGAUCACAAACCCGUAGUAGAUCGAGAUGUAUUCUAUUAACUGGCUAGGUCGAUAGCAAAUGUGUUGCCUUGUUCUUCUUUUUCUGAAGAUAUUUGCUUGCUCAACUUUAACUUACUCUAAAUUUUAGCUGGACAUUAAUUACUUCUUAGGUUUAUCCAUACUGCAACCCAAGCCAAUACUACAUUCUGUAGUUAGUUUCAAGUGAAUUCGAUCAAUAUUCUGGCCAUGGUGCUUACAUUGGUGACGAGGGCAUGAUACUAUUAUUACCAGCUCAAAUGGUCCAUUUCAGAAAAAUUAGUUUUAUUUGAAAAAUCUUU